AUGGAUGAAUUGGUAGAGUGGUGUAGAGAUGUUGGACGCGUAAAUGGCUACGCCCUCGUCACCAAACGCACCAUCUACGAUAAAAAGGGUAGCGAUCAGCCGUUAAAAAUCUGGCUUACGUGCGAUUGUGCCGGCGAGUACAAAUCAACAGCCACGGUCAGACGCAGCGGGACUAGGAAAACCGGUUGCAAGUUCCAACUGAUUGCGGCAUACAAAAAGAGGUUAGGUUAUUGGGAUCUAAAGGUUGAUGAAGCUAAACAUAACCACGAACCAUUUAUGUAUCCAGAGGGUCAUCCGUCCCUAAUGAGGCUGACUCCAUCAGAAGAGAGGACGGUGAAGCAAAUGACGCAUCAGAACAUAAAACCACGAGACAUUCUUGCUGCCAUUAAAGAACAGAACCCCCAUAAUGUCUCAACAAGAAACACCAUAUACAACGCUCGGGCCAAAUUGGGUCGAAUGGAACAAGUCGGCGAGACUCCAAUGCAGAUACUUUUCGACCGGUUGGGGAAGGUUGGGUUUGUUUUUUACCAUAGAACAUCUCAAAACGGCGAACGGGUCGAGGAUGUUUUCUUCAUCCACCUGGAGUCGAACAUGUUGUGGCGCGCCUUCCCGCAUGUGUUGCUUAUAGACGCCACCUACAAGACGAAUCGGUACAAAAUGCCGCUAGUCCAGAUUAUCGGUGUUACAUCCACAUUGAUGUCGUUUUGCAUUGCUCAUGCGUUCGUAAGCAACGAGAAACAGGAAAACUUCACAUGGGUUCUACAGAGGUUGAAACACUCAUUAGACAGUGUUAUGGAACCCCGUGUAAUAGUAACGGAUAGAGAUCGCGCCCUAAUGAACGCAUGUGCAACCGUGUUUCCCAGGGCUAGACAUUCAUUGUGUAGGUGGCACAUACAGCAAAACAUCUUAAAACAUUGCAGGAAAAGCUUUAAAACAGAUGAUCAAUGGGAAAGCUUUCUUUACAAGUGGCGCGAGCUAAUUAACUCAACGACCGAUCAUGACUACAACUACUGGUACGAGCGAAUACGAUCAAACUUGCCAGGCAAAAAAACCGACGAGAUUAUGAACUAUUUGGAUUCAAUCUGGUUACAACCAUAUAGAGACCGGUUUGUUUCGUUCUGGAGCGACCAACAUCUGAACUUCGGUCAACGUACAACGAACAGGGCAGAGGGUCAACAUGCUCUUUUGAAGCAGUACCUAGGCGACUCUAAUUACACCCUGGAGAAAGUGGUACCACUUAUCGAUAAGCUCAUAAGAAACCAGGUGACAGAAAUCAAAGGCAGCAUUGAAACAAGCAGGAGCCGAACAUUGGGUCAUCAUAACAAACCAAUAUUUAAUCUCCUACUAAAGAAGGUUUCACAUGCCUGCCUAGAGUUGAUAUCAGACGAAGUAAAUGAAAUAGAAAAAUUAAUGUUAUAUAACCGUACAUGCGUGUGCCGUUUGUAUACAAGCUGUGGGUUGCCGUGCGCGUGUCGGUUGGAACCGUAUACAACGAAUGGUGAAAUGAAUCCGUUGGAGUUGAUAGACCCUUUUUGGAGAAAGUUAAAUUUGGACUCCAUAGUGGAACCGAGCAAGGUGGACUCUUUCGACUUAGACGGCGAAUUUUCGCUUCUCAAACAACAUUUAAGUGCUCAGCUGAGAGAACUCAAGAAAAACUUGAUUCAAAAGAUGAAGGAGUUGGUACAACUCAAUAAGACGAAGCUUAAACAACCAGUUGUGCAAAAAAACACACGGGGUCGUCCAACUUUAAAAGCUCAGCAACAAAGGAAGGAUGAUUCGUUUACGGAGCCUUCUAGACACAGCUUUUUUACAACGCAGGACCAGUAUAGUGAUUCAUAA